AUGAUGUGCUGGGUGAGGCUCAGCCCCACGGCCCCCGGGCCCCCUUCCCGGGCUGGGCUCCGGGUCCAACUGGGUCACCCCAGCCGGGCAGACCCGCCGCUCCGCACCCCGACAGGGCCGGGAUUGGGGACAAACCGCCUUCCCGGCCGCAGGAAGGGCCCCCCGAGCUCCGGUUCUGCUCUGACCGCGCUGCCCAGGAGCCCCCGUCCCUGCCGGGAGCGGCGAUGGAAGGAUCCUGCCCCGGGGGAGCGGCCCCCGGCGGGGCUGCCAGCGACCUGGGCACUCCGGAGCCUGAGAGAAGAACGGAAACAUGAAGAAACGCUGGUGGCAAUGGAGAAGGAGAACUGCAGCCUUCGGCAGGUUGUUGCAGAACAAGAAUCCAAACUGGCUGAGCAGAACCAGCUGAUCACCAAGCUACAGGAGACAGUCAGCCAGCUGCAGGCAGAGAUUCUGAGCAGCCAACGCCGCAUCCACCAGCAGCAACAGGCCCAGGAGAUGAUCCAGAGCCAGACCGAGGCACUGGAGCACAGGGAGAUGCAAACCAGCGUGGCACUGCAACGCGCAAACUGCAAGUUUGAACGAUUCCGAAGCAAAGUAAUCCAGGCAACGUUCAGCGCACCAAGCAGCGAACCCCCCCAGGCAGAGCUCACAGACGAGGAGCUGCUGGAGGCAAUGCAGGUACUCUCUGGAACUCUGCUUCCAGCAGCCAGCAAGGGGCUGAUGAGCUAA